GAACGCACCGUUAAAACGAAGUGAAACCGAUACGUUAGCCUGCAGUAGCUCCCUCCACCAAACUGAGAAGUUACUAGAUCCAACCGGCAUCUUCUUUCCAGAAGCUCCGCUCAGACCGAGGAAAACCUCGUGUCUUUAAACCGGCAGAACGACAGUAGAGCUCAGAGUAAUGCUAACGUUAUCUGGGCUAACUGUAGUCGCUUUCAAACCAAACUGCGUGUUCUGAAGAGUAGGAAUCCCCACUGUCAGAUCAACCAGCCGUUUUAAAGUCCAGAAAUGCCUCAGAAACAGAAACCCAAGUCUUGGACAGAACUAAAGCAAGCAGGAAAUGAAUGUUUCAAGACGGGCCAGUAUGGAGACGCCACCAGCCUGUACAGCCAGGCCAUCCGGGAACUAGAGAAGUCCAAUAAGAAGAACCCUGAAGAUUUGGCCAUCCUGUACUCCAACCGAGCCGCCAGCUACCUGAAGGACGGGAACUGUUCAGAAUGUGUCAAAGACUGCGAUACGUCUCUGCAGUUGUUCCCGUUCAACGUGAAGUCUCUGCUCCGACGCGCUGCUGCCUGCGAAGCCUUGGAGCGCUACAGACACGCUUACAUCGACUACAAAACCGCCCUGCAGAUCGACUGCAACAUAGCAGCAGCUCAUGACGGCACCAACAGAAUGACUAAAGCGCUAACAGAGGCCGACGGCCCGUCAUGGAGGGAGAAACUUCCUCCCAUCCCCACCGUUCCUCUGUCGGUGAGGGAGAAGCUCGCCCAGCAGGCUGCAGGCGGCGUGCCGAAGGCGAACCCGGCGCCGCAGCAGAACGGCAUCAAGAAAACAGACAAACCCGCACCAAGUGACAAAGACAUGAAGAAAGCACAAGCUCUGAAGGAAGAAGGCAACAGUCUGGUGAAGAAAGGGGAGCAUAAGAAGGCCAUAGAGAAGUACAGCCAGAGCCUGAAGCUCAACCCCAACGAGAUCACGACCUACACCAACCGGGCGCUGUGCUACCUGUCGGUGAAGCAGUACAGAGACGCCGUCAGGGACUGCAGCGAGGCGCUCAGGAUGGACGGCGGCAGCGUGAAGGCGCUCUACCGGAGGGCGCAGGCUCACAAGGAGCUCAAGGACCUGAAGGCCUGUGUGGACGACCUGAACCUCCUCCUGAAGGUGGAGCCAAAGAACACGGCGGCUCUGAAGCUGCUGCAGGAGGCGCAGAAGAAGAAGAAGUGAGACGGCAUCCGGACCGGCGCCGGGAUCUGGUUGUCUGACCCGUCUACUCCCGCCAGAAUAAACCCGGGUUUGAAUCGGAACGCUUCAGUUUGACCCGACCGAUCUCCAGCUGUUCAUAGUUUGAUUGUAACAGUUAGCCUCUCUGAUUCAGUAUUUAUGUUUAUUUAUAUCAGCUGCAGUUAUUCCCUCACCUUUCCUGUAUGUUUAUCAUUUCUAACCAUAAAGUUCAGCCAUGAGCUCAGAGGGAAUAUUCAUCUACCAUCCACUGCAGAGACGAAACAUCUUUUUAUUUAGCAGCUAAUGAGCAAAAAGGUUUUCCAUUUGUUUUUAGUCAGUUUAUUCCACUGAAUGAAUUCCCAAACCUGUUAAUAAAAGACUCCAAAAGCUCA